AUGUUGAUCAAUAGUGCAAAGCAAUCUGUUAGAUCAAAUAACAAUGAAAGCACAAAUUUAAAUUCUAGAUUAUGCAGAAACUUCUAAUCUUUGACUUUAAGUGCUAAAUUCUAAACAGAAUUAUUAUAAUUGGAAUCAUAAAAUGAACCAUUUUUAUUCAAUUAAUAACGAUCGACACUUACGUAUUGAAUACUUAAAUUUAGUUCUGUGGAUUUUAGUAGAUAAAUCAGUUCUAAACAAUCAUGCAGAUCUAGUAUGCCAAAUAUCAAUAUUAAUGGAUAUCAUAAUCCAUGUUCUAAAAGAAAAAAUGAAAGAAUGAUCCUAAGAACAAACCCUUGUCUUAUCUAUAUGCCUGGACUUAAAAGAGAAGAAUUCAAAGAAGAUACAUCACCAUAAUACGCCUAACAAAAACAAAUAAGAGCUCCUCUUUUGAAAACUCCUAUUAAACACAUAAGCUUUUAAUUCAGAAAUAGAGAUAAGUGCAAUCCACUCCAAAAAAUAAAUUGA